AUGUCGGAAGUAGUAGACGAUAUUGAAUGCACGCUAUCUAGCGAUACUCUGAAGGCUCUUCAAGAAUUCAGGCAGGAGGAGCAGGAAAGAGAAGCCAGCUUUAAGCAAUUAUAUGACGCAGCUCAAAAUGACUUCGAAAAUCAAAAGGUGAUGGAUUUGUUCAAAGAAGAUUGGCAGCUCUCACAGUUCUGGUACGAUGAGGAAACUGCAGACUUAUUGGCCGACGCUUUAUUAGAUGGCGCCGAUAGCGACACAGUGAUUGCGAUUUUGAGUGCCCCAUCAGUUUAUGCAGCAAUAAAGAAGCGCCCGGCUUCUAGCAUUCCCACAGCACACAUACAUCUUUUCGAAUUUGACACUAGAUUUGAAGUUCUUGGAGGCUCCACAAACUUUCACUUUUAUGAUUACAACAAGCCCUUGUCAAUUCCGCCACAACUGAAGGGAAAAGUACACAGGUUUUUGAUCGAUCCCCCAUUUCUGAACGAAGAGUGUCAAAGCAAAUUUUCCACCACCACCAAGGCAUUGCAACAUCCUGACUUCACAUUGAAGUCUAAAUAUGGUAAUCGGCAGCACGCCAUAGUCUCCAGCACAGGCGAACGUAUGGCAGGUGUGGUUUCAAAUCUGUAUCCUGACAUCAAAGUUACUGAUUUUCGACCAGCCCAUGCCAAGGGUUUAAGUAACGAGUUCAGGUGUUACGCUAAUUUCGAGUGGAAGGGGUGGAAAUUUGAAUAA